AUGACUGACGUGGUCAUGAUGCAGAUGGAGCCCUAUGCUCAACAAUUCUACGCGUCGCAGAUCGACCCAAGUCUAUACGAUCCUUCCGCACACGCGAUGAUGACACCCGCGACUCACCACAUUGGACCCAAUGGCAUGACUAUGACCAUGUCAGAUCGAAGUCUGAACCCUCAUCACUAUACUCAAUAUCCACCUGAUUGCGGACCUUCUCCCUUCCUGCCAGAUGACGGCACGUCACCCUACGGCAUGCAACCCAUGGUUCCCAUGCAGGUGAAUGUCUCACCCAUGAUUGACCAUCUGGACGCGACACGAUAUCACGGGGCCGAAUUACAACGAAAUCACUCUUUACCACUCGUGCAUCAUCCAGAGCACGCCAUGCACUUUCCUCCACCGCGUCAUCGCACUGGCUCUGCAUCUGGAUCGACAAGGCCAGUCAUGCAACGUGGUCAUACAUUGGCAGUGCCGCCACGUCCCCCGACCCUUCAUAGACAAGCCUCGUUGCAGAUGACUUCGGCUCGUUCCGCGAGUCCUCACAUGAUGGCUGGCGAUCUUUUUGAUCCAGUCCCAGGCUCGCCCGUUAAACGGGCUUCAAGCUCACUCGGCAUCCCGCACGAUCAGCACGCAGUUCAUCACCACGUCCAAUUCGUCCAAGACCCUUCUCAAUUCUUUGCCCCAACUCAGGGUAUAUCCCCAGCACGUGCUCUCGGUCCAGCACCUCCUCAGCUCCAACGCUUCGCGGUCGUGCCCCCGGACAACUCGAUGAUCACGCCUCAGAAUCAAAAGCAUACAUACGCUCCAGCCAUUCAUUCGUCUGGGACAUCCUCUUCUAUCACUGUAUCUUCUGCGACCACUGCCGACAGCAGCGAGAGUGCGGAACCCAUAGCUAGCGACGAAGAGAACGAUUCACCGACCCGUGGCCCCUCGGCUUCCCGAGCACUGCAAAAGAUGCAGCUCAACGACAGAUCCACCAACUCACAACGAGAAGGUUCAGUCACCCGCCAGGCUGUGGGUAUGUCUCGGCCUCAGCGUCCGCAAUCCAAGGUCAUUGGAGGUCGAACGAGUGCAAAAUUCGCCAAAGUCGCUGAGGACCCAGGCGUUGAAGGUGUGCCCCCUGGCCCCAGAUCCAUGGAGCGACCCGGCCCAUCAUUCGCCUGCAUCAUCGGCCAAGCCAUCCUCAAAUCCAGCGCUGGUGGAUUAUCCCUAGAACACAUUUAUCGAUACGUGGAGACUGCCUAUCCUUAUUUCAAGACUGGCGACGGUGCCUGGCGUAAUUCUGUUAGACACAAUCUCUCGAUCCACAAGAUGUUUGAGACGAUUCCUCGUACGGAGAAGUUCCCACCAGGCAAGGGUGGUAUCUGGAUCAUCCACGAAGACGAAAAAUGCCAUUGGCCUGAGGAAAACAAGUUUAUCAAGAACUUUCCUGCUUCGCAUCCUCACCACGGAGUCUGUCGGCAGACACUACAUGAACGGGCGAAGGAGAAGGAUGCGAUAGAAAAGGCCGCUCGAGAGGGUAGGGUGUACGUGCCCAAAAAGGGCAAGAAGGCCCGAAAGCUUCCUUCGAGGGAUGACGAGGAUGGAGUGGAUAUGGUCCGCACCGGAUCUGGCACAAGUAUGGACAAUGAGUAUGAUGGAUCCGUCAUGAUGUCUCAACCCACCGGCCACUCAUCAGGUCUCUAUCUACCUCUAGCACAGGUGACGCCUCAAAUGGUCAGUCAAGAACUACCAGCUGUUCACAUGCUUCACGGUACCCAGGAUGAGGAUGACGGUGACUUUUUGCCCAUGGAGCCGGAUCAACAUCAUCAACAUGCUCAGGAGCCGAUGCCCAGUGGCUCAGCGAGUGUCAUGGUACCGCCGCCGCCCGUGUUCGAAAAGCCAAGAGUGGACAAGCGAGUAGCUCCUCCGCCCAUCGAAGACGAGGAGAAUGUGUUUACGACUGGUAAACGUGUUCGACUGUCAGAGCCGAGACCGGCGGCUCUCGCUCCGAUACUUGUCCAACAGCAGGACUUCACCGAAUGGGACGACACAUUCAUCACGCCUGAACGAGAGCGACCGGGUUCAAGCUCGAAAGCGACAUCGAGCGAUUUCAGGACACCGGCCUUAGUCAAUACGUCCUCCUCCCCUGGCUCAUCACCGAUGCCACCAACCAUCACAAGAGCGACGCAUCAUCCGUCAGCUCUGCAGCAAGCGUGGACACACGAUGAUAUGGCUGAUAACGCCUCGGUCGCGUCUCCUCAAAGUCCUCCAAAGUUGGACGAGGCCUUUGACAUUCAGCCGAAAGCUACCAAGAUGAGAACAAGAGUCAUGGCCGGAGACGACGAUGCUCCUGCCCCUGCACCUGCUAAUCAUCAUCAUGCCGCUGUACCAAAGACACCUUUAUCGAGGUCGAGCGCGCUUCGCGAGGCUGCUCGCACACCCGCCACAUCCCUUUCCAAAACUCCACUGUUCAGCGGACGCAGUCCGGCUCAACCUCCCCCAUCAGUCACAGCUCUCUUAUCGACACCUCUUUGGGAAGUCGGUGGAUGCCUCGAUAGACUGAAAGGAUACGGCGGCUCUCCCACCCAGAUCGGAAGAUCUCCGGUUCCACCAACAAGUCCGACAAGAUACGCCAUGCUGCUGGAUAGCGGCGCUUCUCCGUCGGCUCGCAAGCUUCGCGAAUUCAACUUGUAA